AUGUAUCUUAUCUAUUUCUAUUUAAUUCUUUUAUCAUUGUCAUUAACACGAGCAUGUAAUAUAUUUGUUGGUAUGACAUGUACAUGUUAUGAAUCAAUUGAUAUACGUUGUACAAUGUCAAAAAUUGCUCCAUUAACAUUCGUAACACCAUCAAUAAAACAAAAUUUUCAAUCAAUCGAUUUAAAAUUUUAUUCGGAUGAAUAUAUUCAACUUGAUUCGGAUUAUUUUAUUUUAUUAAAUCAACUUUUUUCAAACACAACAACAACACAACAAACAUUAUCAAUAACAUUACGUUUUCAAAAUUUUUAUUCAUUUCAUGCUAAAACAGGAACAUUUAGAAAUUUAUUCCAUAAAAUUAAUACAUCUUACUCACGUUUAACAAUUGAAUUACAACCAUUAAAAGCUAAAUCAAUAAUAUUUGAUAGAAAUAGUUUUGAAAAUCUUCAAAUAAAUGAACUUUCAAUUUAUGCUGAUUCAUUAGGAUCACCAUUUGAAUCGAUAUUUAAUCAUACAAAUAUAACACAUUUAAAUAUUGAAGGAGCCGUUGUUACACAUGAUUCAACACUUUUAUCAAAAUAUACAGGUCAUAUACGAUCAUUGAAAAUUACACGAAUGAUUGAUACACUUAAUAGUGAUGAAUUUCCACCAUUUCCAGUUCAAACAUAUACUAUUGAAGCACAUAAAAUGAGAAAAUUAGAUGCAUUAUCAUUUAUAAAUUAUACACAAUUAACUGGUUUAAAUAUUAUACAACCAGAUGUAUCAAUAACAUCAAAAGUUCUAAAUGGUUUAGAAAAUUUAUCUAGUUUACGAUCGAUUUCAAUUGAUGCUGAACGUAUUGCUGAUGGUGCAUUAAAACAUGUUAAACAUAUACAAACAUUAAUACUUGGUUCAUAUUUAAGAUUAUUAGAUUCAGAAAGUAUAAAUUCACUUAGUUCAUUACAACAAUUAGAUGUACGUUAUGUACAAUUUUCAACUUUACAAGCUAAUACAAGUUGUGCAUUAGCUGAUUUUAUAAAUCGAAAACGAAUGUUAGGUUUAACUGUUUAUUUACCACAUGAAAAUCAUGAUUGUGAUUGUGUAUUAGCUUUUCUUAAUAAUAUGAUUGAUGAUGGUGAACAAUUAAUCAAAUGUCAAUCAAUAAAUAAUGAUCGAUGUUUAUUUUCAUCAUGUUCGAUUGUAUCUGAAUAUUUUAAUCGUAAACAAAAAGAAACGAAAUCAACUAUUAAAGUUAAUACACCAGCAAUUAUAACACCAUCAAUAUUACCACCUUUAAUUGAUUUUAAUGAACAAGACCCACCAUUUUAUCCUGAUUCAAAAGAAGAUCAAACAACAAUUAGAGUAUUCAUUGAACCAAAUAUUUAUGAUGAUGAUGAUGAUGAAGAAGAAGAAGAUAUGGUUACAAAUAUGACAGGUACAGUAGAAAUGACAAGCGCAAGCACAACAACAACAACAACUACUACUACAACAACAACAAGAAUAACAACAGUAGCAACAAGAAGAACAACAGCAGCACUAACUACAAUGAUGACUACUACAACUACUACUACCACCACUACGCCAUUUUUAACUACUGCAGAAGAAAUUGAUAAUCAAUUUGCAACACCCUAUAUGAAACGUUUUGAUUCACAAUUAAAAACUUAUGGAUCCGCAAAUUAUUUGAUUGUAUCAUGGAUACCAUUUGCUGUAAUAGCUUCAUGUCUAUUUUUUUCUUUAGUUAUUGCUAUGGCUAGUUAUUUAAUCUAUCACAAACGACAUACUGUCUCGUUCAAACUUGUUCCACAAACAUCUCCUAUCAUCUGA